AUGGCUUCGCCGGCGCUGCCCACCGGCGCUGUCGUUGUGGAAGAUGGAGGCCUCGCCGACCCACUUCUAGCGGCCGAUGGCAACGGCGCCACGAAGACGAAGGAGUGCGGCGCCGAGGGCAAGUACUGGGCGGCCGCUGACGAGGCGGAGAGGCUGGCGGUGACCGAGUGCGGCGCUGAGGACGGCCGGCCGCUGCUGUUCCGGACGUACAAGCUCAGGGGCGCCAUCCUGCACCCCUACAGGUCACUAAUCUUUGUACGCCUACUCGCGGUCCUCCUAUUCUUCGUCUGGCGCAUCAGGAACAACAGAUCCAAUGUCAUGUGGUUCUGGGCUAUGUCGGUUGCCGGGGACGCUUGGUUCGGAUUCUCGUGGCUCCUGAACCAGCUUCCCAAGUUCAACCCCGUCAAGAGCAUACCUGACCUUGCUGCCCUCAGGCGACACUAUGACCUUCCAGAUGGCACAUCUAAGCUCCCUGGCAUCGAUGUCUUUGUCACCACCGCUGACCCUAUCGAUGAGCCGAUACUCUACACUAUGAAUUCCAUCCUCUCUAUCCUCUCCACUGAUUAUCCGGUCGAUAGACUUGCCUGCUAUGUCUCUGAUGAUAGCGGGUCAUUGAUCCUUUAUGAAGCAUUGGUUGAGGUUGCAAAGUUUGCAAUGAUGUGGGCUCCAUUCUGUCACAAGCAUUUCAUUGAUCCAAGAGCACCAGAGAGGUAUUUUGAGAUGGAGGUGCAACCACAGGGUGGAAGAGCAUCGCAAGAGUUCAUGAAUGAUUAUAAGAGGAUGCACAUGGAGUAUGAAGAGUUUAAGGUGCGCUUGGGUAAUCUUUCUGACACCAUUCGCAAGCGUUCGGAUGUUUACAACAGCAUGAGAACGUCAGAAGGAGAUGCACAAGCGACUUGGAUGGCAAAUGGGAUGCAGUGGCCAGGCACAUGGAUGGAUCCAACAGAGAACCAUAGAAAAGGACAUCAUAAGGGAAUUGUUAAGGUUGUGUUGGAUCAUCCAAGCCGUGGACAUCACCAUAGUCCCCAAGUCGGCAAUGAAAAUAAGUCUGACUUUGGUGCUACUAGGUUGCGCCUACCAAUGCUUGUGUAUGUCUCUCGUGAAAAGAAUCCAAGCUAUGACCACAACAAGAAGGCGGGCGCAUUGAAUGCGCAACUGCGAGUCUCUGCACUACUGUCCAAUGCACAAUUUGUCAUCAACUUUGACUGCGACCACUACAUCAACAAUUCUCAAGCUCUUCGUGCAGCAGUCUGCCUCAUGCUUGAUCAACGGGAAGGUGAUAACACUGCCUUUGUUCAGUUCCCUCAGCGCUUUGACAAUGUCGACCCGACAGACCGGUAUGGUAACCACAACCGAGUAUUCUUUGAUGGAACCAUGCUUGCCCUGAAUGGCUUGCAAGGGCCAUCCUACCUUGGCACUGGAUGCAUGUUCCGCCGCAUAGCACUCUAUGGCAUUGAUCCACCUCAUUGUAGACAAGAUAACAUCACACUUGAAUCUAGCAAGUAUGGCAAGUCCACUCCCUUAAUAGACUCGAUAUCAAAAGCCAUAAGAGAAGAAAGUAUAACCACACAACCACCAUUUGAUGACACAUUUGUUACCGAUACGGAGAUGAUCAUGGCAUCUUCUUAUGAUAAAGGGACUGACUGGGGUAAGGGUGUUGGCUACAUCUAUGACAUAGCAACAGAGGAUAUAGUGACUGGAUUUCGCAUCCAUGGGAAAGGGUGGCGUUCCAUGUAUUGCACAAUGCAGCAUGAUGCAUUUUGUGGCAUAGCACCAAUCAACCUAACAGAGCGCCUCCACCAAAUUGUUCGUUGGUCUGGUGGGUCCCUAGAGAUGUUCUUCUCCCACAACAACCCACUCAUUGGUGGCCAGCGACUGCAACUUCUUCAACGUGUCUCCUACCUCAACAUGACGGUCUACCCAGUCACGUCACUUUUCAUCCUGCUCUAUGCUCUCUGUCCGGUAAUGUGGCUCAUCCCCGAUGAAAUACACAUCCAGAGGCCCUUCACUAGGUAUGUUGUGUACCUUCUCAUAAUCAUAUUGAUGAUCCACAUGAUUGGCUGGCUCGAGAUAAAGUGGGCUAGGGUCACAUGGCUAGACUAUUGGCGUAAUGAGCAGUUCUUCAUGAUUGGAUCGACAAGUGCAUACCCAAUAGCACUAUUGCACAUGGCAAAGAAACUCCUCACGAAGAAGGGUAUACACUUCAGGGUCACUUCCAAGCAAAUAACCGGCGAUGCCAAUGACAAGUUUGCCGAUUUGUAUGAGAUGCGAUGGACGCCGAUGUUGAUUCCCACAGUGUUUGUCUUGGUUGCCAAUGUUGGAGCUGUUGGAGUGGCCAUGGGCAAGGCCUUGGUGUACAUGGGAGUAUGGACAAUGUCGAAGAAGAUUCAUGCUGCGCUCGGACUUCUGUUCAAUGUGUGGAUCAUGGUGCUCCUUUACCCCUUUGCACUGGCGAUCAUGGGACGGUGGGCGAAGAGACCAAUCAUCCUGUUGAUACUGCUGCCAACAGUCUUUGUAAUUGUUGGUGUGAUAUAUGUUGCUCUUCAUAUCUUACUUGCUAAUGUUAUUCCGAUAUAG